AUGGUCGAAAACACAUCAGCAUCAUCCAGCUGGACCCCUGUUCGAUGGCCCUCUGUCUCUUCUAGUAUGGAGAAAAAACAACAUCUUCUUCCAUUCCCAACGGGGAGGCUCCUGCUCUCUUUGGACUGCGUUUGCGUGUUGGGAUGCAUCUUUCAGCUCUAUACCUUUCAUCGGGACGCCAUGGAGAUGGAAACGCACAGGCAGAGGCAAAUCAUCGCUGAUCUUUGGGUUGCCUUGUGGUUAAGAACGGUUGCAAUUUUCUGCUGUCUACUCCUGGGGCAAUAAAAAUCAAUCUGCUACUAGCGUGUUCUCCUUAGGAGGUACCACUUCACUGACUCCCCUCGUACAUGGACACCUUUUGCUAUAAAAGAGGCACCAUGACGUGACAUGAAAUGAUAUGACAUGACAUGACAUGACAUGACAUGACAUGACAUGACAUGACAUGACAUGACAUGACAUGACAUGACAUGCUGGCUUAGUUAGAAGUUCCUCCACUGUCAUUUUCAUUUAUAUCCGCAGCUCUGUUUUUUGUUCUAACUUGUUGCGCGCUCGUGCUCUCGACCAGCAGCCUCCUCCAGCUUUAUGUUGCGGGAUGGUUCUGCACUGGCGCGGACUACUCAUGCCUCCAGGCAUUCUUAAGGCGACUCAAGGAAUCCAGCUUCCUCAGCAUCGUGGUGCCGCUUUGUAAGGGAAAAGCAAAAGAAGCAUCAGGAUGCUACUGGAGACGAAUUUAUUCCUACACCUCUAAUAUUGACACAGAAAGCAGGCAGCGCGCAUUCUGUCGUGAAGUUGGCGCUGUCGCUCGUAUUGCUUUGCGAACUCGAUGUUACGAUGAAUAACAUCCAGUAGUAGAAGCUAAUGUCCAAUUAUCUUCUACCUACAGAAGAACUAGAGCUUCAACAUCAUACUACGAUCGUUCUUUUGUAGAAGAAAAUAGAAGCUACUAGAAGCUACACAAGAACUCAGGAAACGGAUCAUCAUAUUCACACUUGUUGUUCCACCAUGAAGGUCUUCACAGGAACUGUCUCCUUUGCUAGAUUCUGGCUGAUGGACUAAAACAGGAACUGUCUCCGUUGCUAGAUUAUAGCUACGUCCGCUUCUUCGUCUUUCUUUCUCUCUAACACGGUAUGGGUGCUUCGCAGGCCUUCAUUGGACGGGAUCCUUGUGCUCUCAUUACCCGAGGACGAAAACGAAUACACAAUAACGCAAUUGACGCUAUUUCUUAUGCGCAUAGAUGAUACUUAUAGUAGCGAUAGAUAGAAACCUAGAUCGAUGAAAUCUUGAUAAGUGCCCUCCACUAAUUUCAAUUCUGAAUCUUAUAUAUAGUUAGGGCGUUCUUGCCUCUACUAACUAGUAGUUCUUACCUCUACUAGUAAGUCUAGGUGGCUCCUCAUUGAAAGCGUUUUCUUGUUGUUUCUGAACGUAUAAACACGUCAACCUCAACAAUCUUUCUCGUAGCACAUCAUUUGCAUCAUCAAGAAGAUCAACUCAAAACUACAAAUGAGCAUCAUCCUCUAAGCUGCAGCUUCUGUUCCUGACUCAUGCCGUCCCACGGUUAUGGAAAAUCGAUCUUGAACAUAGGUGAAGCAAAGUUUUUGAACACUUUUUACUCCAUCCUUUGCUUUUGUUUUUCUUUGGCUUAGAAAGGGAUUUAGAAAGGUAUGCAAACACGUACCUUUCUAAGAGAGAAAUACGCACCUUGAUUCUUUUACAAGUCCUAAUCAAUAGUAAUUUCUGUGACGUAUUUAGAAAGGUAUGCAAACCUGAGAGAAAUACAAUCAUCUUUCUCUUUCUUCUUGUCUAAGAAGUAUCGCAUUGGCCUUGUUGGGGCUGUGUAACGGAGACGGAGAGGCUCGCGAGGUAGAUGGAGACGCUGGCGAGGAAUAUGGAUACGCAAGAACUGCGGCUGAUUCUUCUGAUGAAGAGGCAGGCCCUUGUAGUUUCGGAGUGGUGCAGUGCGUGUAGCUUGCUACUAUAAGUACUUUUUAAGCACUAAAUAUAACAACCGGUUCGUUUUUACCUCUAGCGUGUAACCCUUCCAACACUAUCAGCACUUUUUAAAAAAAGUAGAUGAGCAUCUCCACUUUUCUUGCGAGUUUUCUUGUAGAGUAGUUUUACCUAAACUAGAAGUUCUUGUCGAGUUGUACGACACUCCUAAGAGGAACCUUAGAGGAUUAUCAAGGUCGUUCUCGUCGAUCUUCCAGAAGCACGUAUAGAAUGCAAUCCAAUCCUAAACAUAACAACCGCACAUCAACGCAUACUCAUAUAGUCGCACAUAUAACCGCACAUAGAUAACGCAUACUCAGAUAUGAAAUGAUAAUGACAUAACAGCCUCGUAUUAACCGCAAGUUGAAUAUCACAGCCAGCAGUUUGCUCAGCCCUAGCAAAGCAUUGAAAAACCUCCCGUUGCAACUAUUAAUCCCCAAACUAUGCCCUUGCUCUUGCACUUGAGUCCCCACACUCUGGGUUACACCUCGCGAACAGGUAAAUGAAUGAAUGAAAUCAGCUAGAUAGAACGAAAUUAUACGUAUCAAUCGAAAAAUCACUUCCUAGGCGUACUGACGUACCAAGUCGUACUGACGUACCAAGUCGUACUGACGCAGUACCUCCUCGUUGUACUUCUGACGUACCUGGUACUGGCCUCAUUGUAUUUCUGAUAUACCUCGUAAGGUGAAAAGGACGUAACUAGCAAAGUUGAGGAGGACGGGUGACGUAUUAUGAACCCUGACGUACUCGUAGACGUACUAGAAGUAUUAUUUUAAUGCUGUGCAUUUUAAGCAUUCUGAGCGGUAAAUGUCCCUGAAUAGAUGUUGAACAGCUGGUGUUACAGAAAGUGAACAGUAGAGGAGUCAUCUACUUCGACGUACAAGGUUGCAUAGCUGGAAGAAAUUGCAUAGCGAUAGCCCCAACAGAGAACAUUAUACACCAUCAUCACCAUGACCAAAACAUGACCUACCAUACAAGACGUUAUCAUGACCACAUUCAAUCAUCAUUGGUCAAUUUCAUUUACAACAUAACAACAACGUACUACUGCUCUUCGACCAUUCCUAGCUGCACGAAACACACGAAGCACAAAGAAAUCCGGCGAGACCGUAAGCGAAAAGUAGAG